AUGACUGUUGGCCACAGAGAUGGCGGUGGGACACUCGGUACGUCGAAGUCGCUGUCCCCCGCUAAGGUUGACGAGGAGAAAGAGGCUAGCAAAGAUCCAGGGAAGUCUGUUCCUUGUCCCAGAAAUGGCGUUCAAGGACAGGUCGUGAUGGAUUGGAAUGGUCCAGAUGAUGUUGAUAAUCCGCACACAUGGUCUCCGUCCAAGAAGAUGUAUCACGUCUUGGUGCCGGCAAUACUCGGAUUUGUUGUCUCACUGGGAACGUCGCUCUACCCGCAAUCCGUCAAGUCCAUCGCCUAUCACUUCCACACCAGCAACGAAGUCAGCCUCGUUGGCUUCACAACCUUCGUCCUCGGACUGGGCUUCGGGCCUGUACUCGGCUCUCCAGCCAGUGAAACGCUUGGACGUCGACCCGUAUACCUGAUUACCAUUCCCCUCUUCGGACUCUUCACCCUAGGUGUUGGGUUUGCUCGGAAUGUGCAGACCGUGAUCAUCUGUCGGUUUUUCGCGGGCUUGUUCGGUGGUCCUGCAUUGGCUGUAGGCGCGGGCACAAAUGCGGAUUUAUAUCCACCAGACAAGCGUGUCUUCACCACUAGUCUCUUCACUCUGGGCCCGUUUUUUGCUACUGGUGUUGGCCCGGUCAUUGGAUCAUACGUAGAUUCCAGAAAGAGCUGGAGAUGGGUAGAAUGGACGUCGAUAUUCUUCGGCGUGUUCGGGUUAAUCUUCUCCAUGUUUACGCAGGAGACAUACAAGAAGAUAAUCCUCACCAAAAGAGCCAAAGCGCGUGGCGCUCCUCUGCCACCCGCUCCUACCGGCCUAGCAUUUUUCAAACACAUAAUGACAGUUGUGCUGUUCCGACCCAUUCACAUGCUGUUCACCGAAUCUAUCGUCGCAUCGUUCGCCAUCUACGUAUCCUUCAACUUCGCCGUGCUUUUCGGCUUCAUGGCUUCUAUCCCCCUGGUUUUCACCGCCGUCUACGGCUUCAGUCACGCACAGAGCGGCCUCCCAUUUAUAGCCAUCGGCAUAGGCUGUCUCCUCUCGAUCCCCACCAUGCUUCUGCUAGAUAGGACCUUUUACCGCAAAGCAGUGCUCAAAGCAACAGCAUCUGGACACGGCAGUGCGGUUGCGCCCGAACACCGCCUGUACGGCGCGAUGCUGGGCAGUAUUAGUCUCCCGGUUGGUUUGUUCUGGUUCGCGUGGACGGCGCAGGAGAGCGUGCAUUGGCUCGUGCCGAUCGUUGGAUUGAUCCCUUUCGCAUGGGGCAAUAUCAGCGUGUUUAUAAGCUGUGUGCUGUACAUGGUCGAUACAUAUAUGGCUGCCAAUGGCGCGAGUGCGAUGGCGGCGAAUGGGCUGGCGAGGUUUGUUGCUGGGGCUGUGUUCCCGCUGUGUACGGUGCAGAUGUAUGAUGGGAUGGGGUUCCGGUGGGCGAGUAGCUUGCUGGGCUUUGUUACUGUUGUUCUCCUGCCGGUGCCGUGGGUGUUGUUUUUGUUCGGGGAGAAGAUUAGACGGAGAAGUGCAUAUGAUACUUGGAAGGGAUAG